AUGAUAGAGAACGUUAUCGGUGAAUUGAAGCUGCCUCAGAGUAAGUCAGCAAUACUGUUAUAGUUUCUUUCUCGAUUAUAGCUUCUUUGUUUGUUAUAGUUUCUUUGUUUGGGAGAUGUGAUUAACAUGCUGGCUCUUUACAGUUGAGAUCCUGGUUCCAGUGUUUCUUGUUUUGUUCAGCCUUCAGGGAAAAUGGCUACGAAACAAUGUUUUCUGGUUUGUCAACCUUCGGGAAACAUGGACAGGAAACAGUGUUUUCCUGGUUUGCACAGCUUUGGGAAACAUGCAUGGCUAAAAAUAUUACAUCGAAAUAUCUUUAAAAACUCUCUGCGUGUAGUUCAAUUAACAAACCACGGCCGCUUAUAUCCAAAUUUGCUCUUUUUUAUAGGAUUGAAAACAAAAUCAGCUCAAGAUGCUUUGCUGAACGAGUUAGGAACGUCAAUUCCCCUCACUUUACAAACAGAUGAAGAACAACCUCGCAUUCUAUGUUUCAAGAAGCACUUGGCAGACCUGAAUGGCAAAAUUGACGAUUUUCUGGAACGAAAAAAGACAGUCGAUAAGCGUGUUCCUCUUAGCAAGGUCGUAUUACGCUACCUCAGUCUACACGAAGAAAAUCGUUUCGACAAUUUGCGUCUGUCAUCAACUGGGUUGAACAUUGUGAUUGGCCGUGAUGCAUUGAUCGUGUCGGGUGAAAAGCCAUUGGUUGAUAAUUGUUGUACUAGCAUACAACAGUUUACUGGAGGUUGGUAA